UUGGACCUUUCCUCGUGUCUUGCAAUCGACAGCGAUGGAUUUCUCCCUUUGGGGAGGCUUAUACGGCUUCGUUGGCUGUCGCUAUAUCGGACGAAAGUGACUGACGCUGCUCUGGCCAAUUUAGCAGCUCUUUGUCAACGUUUGGAGCAUCUUAAUCUUGGUGCUUGUUCUUUCGUACAUUCUAUGAAUAGAUCGAUUCUCGCCAUUGCCAAAUCUAAUCCCGGGCUAAUAUCUCUUGAUCUCUGGCGGUCGCGCAACUUCUUAGCUGAUGGCCUCCUUCAAUUGGCUGACCUCUGUCCAAACCUGCGAGAAUUAGACAUUGGCUGGUGCGGCCCGGUCCAGAAUCGACAGCCCGGUUGUGUUGAGUAUUUGGUCGCCAGAUGCCAUCGAUUACAAAAGCUAUUUCUCACUGCUCUAAGGUCGCACAAGGUUAAGAAGGUCUAA